GGAUUGAAGAAUAAUUCUAAGAAUGGCAUCAAGUUUAUAUGAUGAUUUAGAUGUAUUGGAUGGGACACCACUUGAUAACUUAACAUCAAAUGAUUUGUCUGAUAAGUCAGGAAAUGUACCACUAGUUGGUCUACGUGUCACUGCUAACUGGUCUGAAUCUGAUCAGCAUCAAGUCAAUUUGGUGGAAAUAUAGUUUCUGUCAACUCAAAUUCUAGUCUCAAAUUAAUGCAAUCACAUAUGGCUGCGAAACGUGCCCAAGGUCGACGUCCUACAACAGAUUCUUCAAAUUCUCAGUGGACUUCUCGUACAACGUUAGCCCCUGUAGUUGAUUUAAAGCAACGUGUAUCGCAUGUAGAUGGCUCAUACAGAUUCAAUCAGUUAACUGGACGACUAGAACGAUGCACAUCGGGAAGUACUGGAGGUAAAUCUAAGGGUUCAUUGAAAUAUUCCAAUGCAGCUAUAACAAACGGCCUGAUAUUUGGUGAGCCUAAUUUACCUUUGGGUGUGACGGAUGAAUAUAAUCCUUUGAUUCCAAACGAGUAUGAAGAAUUAGCUCGUAUUAAACGUGAACGCAGACGUGCUGAGGAAUCAGCGCUUGCAGAUAGACAUCAUCGGUUAGAUCCAUUUGGUAUGAAUGAUCCCACUGGAAUGUGUCGUCGUUUUGAAUACUCAGAUGAUGAAGAGGAUGAAAAUGAAGAUAGCACUGCAGCUUCUGGAAGAAGUACUUCACAACCGUCUAAAGGUGCUGCUAUCGCACCUCCAUCUGUUUUACUCGAAGAUGUUACUGUUACUCCUGGUUCAAAUGGAUCACAGAACUCUGACACACCGACCAGUACUGAAGAUGCUGGCGUUAGUACGGCUAGCAGUAAAUUCGGAAUUAAUGUUGUUGCAGCGAAAAUGAUGGCUCGAAUGGGUUAUAGAGAAGGACAAGGUCUAGGCAGAGAAAGUCAAGGUAUGUCUACAGCAUUAGUUGUAGAAAAAACUAGUCGACGUGGUGGUAAAAUUAUCCAUGAAAAAGACCAACAGCGUCAACAGAUGCAACCUAAUGCUGCUGCCAGCAAUAAUAAUGCUAAUCUACCGAAUUAUUUGAAUCCAAAUGUCGAAGAGACAUUCAAUAAUCUACCUCUACCGGAGAACCGUAGUUGUGUUAUUCUUCUGCGCAACAUGUGUGGACCAGGUGAGGUGGAUGAUGAUCUAGAGCCUGAAACAGCGGAGGAAUGCGCUAAGUACGGUAAAGUAGUGAUGUGUAUGAUCUAUGAGUUACCUGAAGCUCCAGACGACGAAGUUGUUCGUAUUUUUGUUGAAUUUGAUUCCGAAGAAGCAGCUACAAAAGCGGUACUCGAUCUAAAUGGUCGAUUUUUCGCCGGACGUGUCGUUAAAGCAGGAUUUUAUGAUGCAGAAAAAUUCAGAAAUCUGGAACUUGCUGAUGCACCAAUGUCUACGUGAUUUUGUCUUUCACUAUGUACAGAAUAUAAAAGUUUGUCAAAACCGUACACACAAAGAAAGCAUUUCUUACAAGCUAGCUAGCUCAAUCCUUAAUGCCUUUGAAGGAAAUAAGACAAUAUUUUAAACAGUCCAGAUACGGGACACAAUCAUUGGUAAAUUAGUAACAGUCUUCAGUAAUAAAAACAACUACUUGGCUACUAUUUAAUAAACUCUCGUGAUGAGUGACUAAGAGCGAAAGUAUUAUUAUUUAGCCGAUUUCUGUCACAUCAAAUCUUACAUUCCAUUCACGUUCUUCGAGUGCAUUACUUUAGUAAUAUUGUGCGGUGGCGAUUGUGUAUAAGUUCUGCAUCGCAGUAGUACUAUCCUGUUUACAGGAAUUCCUUGUUUUCUAAUCUACGUGAAUCAAACAAUUUGCCAAGUA